AUGGAUGUGACCACCAUCUUGACCAUGUUUAGAGAAAUGAUGGACGAACAGAGGAAUGUUAUGAACGAACAGAAGAAUGUCAUCGCCAAACUGCUAGAUCGCAUUCCAGAACGCGGACAGGGAGAUUGCAAUACGACGGAGCACAUAGCACUCCCAAACUUGAUGGCAGCGUUGAGCAACCGCAUUGAAAAACAUACUAAAGAGAAGUUCUCGAGGAACAGAAACAACAGAGGUCCGAGAAAACAAGUACGAAUCGUCAAGAUUGCAAAUGCAGCAGUUCAGGCAAACUCUUCCCGUGUGUACAUCGACGCUGUAGUGAACAACUACUCAGUCAAAUUUCUUCUCGAUACUGGAUCAGACAUCACGUUACUGAACGAGAAGAUUUGGAAGAAGAUGGGCUCCCCAGCAUUGGAGAAGACCAAUAUAGUCGUGAAAAACGCAAGUGGAGAUACAAUGAAGAUAUAUGGAAAGCUUAAAUGCAAGAUUACCAUGAAAGGUGUCAAUACUGAAGGAGACGCCUAUGUGACGCCGCAUAGCUCACUCUUGGGUCUCGAAUGGAUUCGAGCAAACGAGAAAUUGAUGUACCACAUAGAAAUGAUAGCUGCGGAAGUGAAAGGCAAACUGCAACCCCAGACUUGA